AGCAAGCCGCCGUUUUCCGCACAGAAGCAACAGAAAGUGUCUUUCCCAAAAGAGGAACGCGUGUGAGCGGCGGAGCGGAGUUGGCCGAGGACGGUGACGUCAGCGUCGGAACCGAAACUCCGCGACACCAACUUCCUCAGUGCCGCUCGGAGCCUGCGGUUCGGUUCUGUGGGACUGCCGCUCAUUGCGCCACUGUAAAUGCACCGGCCGUCAGCAGGCGCAGGCCAUGGGCGACAAAGAGGAGCUGGAGGAGAGGCUGAAGAAGCUCGUGGUGAGGCUGAAGACGCCGCAGGAGGACCGACAGCUGAGCACCCUGAUCCAGAUCAUCCAGGACCUGCUGUUCCUGGCGCACAGCGACCACGCCGAUGAGCUGUUUGAGCACAGAGACGUCCAUGUCCCCCUCAUGGCCGUGCUGUCCUCCUACAUCAGCAGCAGGGGGGUCCAGCAGGUCGGAUGGUCACUGUUGUGUCGGCUGAUUGAAAUGUGUCCUGAGACGUGGGAACAGCUGAGCGCACCUCCUCAGGCAGCCAGUAACUCAGACCUGCUACAAGUGCACCAGCAGGUCCUGAAGCUGCUGUCGCAGCACAGCUCAGACUGGAGGCUGACCGUGGUGGGACUCCGGGCUCUGGCUCUGCUGCUCCGAUCAGACAUGAUUCGUCUGCUGGUGCUGGAGGAGGAAGAGGAUGUUUUCAGUCUGGUCGUGCAUGCGAUGAUGGCGUUUCCUGCCAGUGAAGAAGUGUAUCUGCAGGGCUGCGCAGCUCUUCAGUCCCUGCUGGAAAGCGUGAGUGACGAUCACCUUGCAGAGUUUGUGGAGAACCAGGACCACGUUGUAGUUCUGGAAGCUGUGCAGAGGUUUGCAGGGAACCUGGAGCUGCUCCUGCAGGCGCUGAAGGUGCUGCUCCUGCUGGCUCGUCUGGGCAGUAACGUAGAGAUGCUGAUGUCGGGAGGAGAUCGAUGUUACAGAGGCGUCAUCGCUGCCAUGGAUGCCUUUCCUGAGGUGGAGGAGCUGCAGGAGAUGGGCUGCUGCCUGUUCAGGAAGUUCACGUCAGAUGCUGGUUCGAUCUGUCCUGCAGAGACUUACUACAACAUCCUGGUGGUGAACGGCGUCCAGAGGGUCGCGGUCAGAGCCUGUGAGACCUUCCCCAACAAUGCGGCGCUACAGGCCCACGCUCUGUCCUGCCUGGCCGACCUCACUGCAACCAUCGUGCAGAACAGAGCAGUGGUUGAGCAGGGACUGGAGGAGGGAGAGGAGGAGGAGAACAGGGGGAAGCAGGAGGUGGAGGACAUGGGCCUGGGCUGGAUGGAGCUCUGCUGUACGGCGCUGGAGCUCCAUGCGGAUGAGCCACUGGUUCAGGAGGCUGCGAGUUGGGCCAUCCACAGUCUGCUGCUGCACGGAGCCGGAGUCAAGAAUCCAGAAGAUGAGCCGAGUGAGAGGACGCCCGUGCACAGACAGCUGAUGGUGGCCAUGCUGCUCCACUCCUCCUCCCCCAAAGUGUUCAAAGCUGCCACCAGCGCCAGCGCCGCGCUGCUCACACACAACGGUAAGAUGCGGGCUCUGCUGCUGUCCAGUGGCCUCCACGUGAACCUGGUGGAGAUGAUGAAGAGACAUUCGGCUUCGGCCGAAGUUUCCUUCAGCGCCUGCAAACUGCUCCACCUGCUGUUCCAGGGAAGAAGAGCCAGCCUGGACGAGUCCGUCAUGGCCAUGAGUCAGAUCCUCAGCACCAUGAAGCUGCACAACUUUGAGCCAGAGGUUCAGCUGGAGGCGCUGCAGGCCAGCCUGGCCUUCCUGUGUCCAGACAGAAGUCUAAGGGAGCACGGGGCCUCAGUCGCAGAUCCCGACAUGGCCGACGUCUCUCUGAGGGUGCUGAAGAACCAGUGUGUCCUGGAAGGAGCCCACACUCUGUACUUGGAGGCUCUCAACAGGUUCAUCAGCAGUGUGACCAUCCAGAAGUGUGGCCUGAAGGUUCUGUGUGCGCUGGCUGACUGCUCUGGUGCAGUGGACCUGCUCUGCCAGCAGGGGGCCAUAGACACGGUGCUCCACACGCUGCACACGUUCCCACAGGAACGAGAGAUCCACUACUGGAGUCUGAGCCUGCUCGCCUGCCUCGUCUCCAAGAAGAAGCUGUCGAGGACGACCAUGCCGGUCCUAGCUUCUGUUGUGGUCGUCUCCAUCCUCCAGUACAGGGACGACUCUGAGAUGCUGCUGAAGUGUUUUCAGGUGGCUCUCAGGAUGCUCGAUGCCUCUUCAGGUGCAGCUGCUGAGUUGCACAGAGAAGACUUUGACAGACUUAUCUUCCAACUCCUCAGAGAAGAGACUUGGGACCAGAGCAACAACCAACUGCGCAAGUCAGUGUGUCUGGCUCUGUCCAAGAUGUGGAGCAACUCAGAGCUCCACUACCGCAUGCUGGAAAAAGCCUGUGAGGACGGAGACACCACGAUGGCGGAGUGUCUGAUGGAGCUGGGCGCCGACGUCGACAGGAAGACGAAAGCAGAACCUCUCAUCUACCAGGUGUGUGAGCGAGGCGGCCCGUUGGAGCUGGUGGAGCUGCUUCUCAGCCGCGGGGCUCACGAGCAGCACCUCCGCCGGGCUCUGGCAGUGAGCGUGAAGAGGAGCGAUGGGCCCACGAUCAUCCAGCUGCUGGGCCGUUUGGGUCUGGACCUCAACAACAAUGCUCUCUGUCUGGGAGGGUUGAGGCUGGGUCGCCUGGAUGCUGCCUGGCUCAGCCCCCUGCUGGCUGAGAGGCGGAGGGCCUACAGUGUCCGUCACAGCAACACUAAAGGUGUGAGUUUGGCCAGAUACAUUCAUUCGCUUAUGCACCAGAGGUCAAAGGGCAGCGGCGCAGCUCCGAGGUCUGUAACCGACCCCUGUCAGACCUCAGGCUACAUCUCUGAUGAGAGCGAUGACUCUAACUUCAGCCUUCACUUGGUGGAAGACAGUCUGUUCAACGAUGACGUGGAGAGUGAUGGGAGCGAUCCUCUAUCAGGAGCUCUGUCUCCAAGGCUGCGUAAUAAUUCAGCGGAGGAGCUGAAAGGAGGCUCCUUCAGAAGGAGGCAGAGUGGUGGCAGACAUGCCAGCGCGGAGUGUGGACAAACAGACAGUGAACAGACUGAGCCUGUGAACAGGAGAAAUGGGCGGAGCAGCGCCGGCCAUAAGGUGCUGGGAUCAGCUGAGAACUCUGCUACUCUGCUCAAAGAGCGGGAGCGGAUCCAUCUGCUGGACCUGUCCGGGAACGAGCUGAGCUCUCUGUCCUGUCUGGAUGACGGCUUCAUCCAGCAGCAGCUGUGGCAUCUCCUCCGCCUGGAUCUGAGCACCAACGGCCUCUUCCAGUUCCCUCCGGCCCUUUGCCAGAGUUUGCAGAGUUUGACCCGACUGGACCUGCAGGGCAACCAGCUGCAGUCUCUGCCUGCCGAGCUGCUCUCUCUGCCCUCACUAGGCACCCUCAACGUGUCUCGCAACUGUGUGGGGCCCCUGCUGACCUUUGACCCCAGCGUGACCUGCCCAUCACUGCGUCAGCUCAACCUGUCUUUCAACAAACUCAGCACCUUCCCCCCUGAGCUGGGCCGGGCCAUGGGCCAGCUGGAGGAGCUGGUCCUGGAAGGUAACAGCAUUGCUGAGCUGUGUGCACCUCUGUGCCUGCCAGAGGUCACGCUGCUGGACGUGAGCAAGAACCGCGUGGAGACCAUCUCUCUAGACUUCCUGACUGGCUGCCCCAAACUGGAAACCUUCAACGCAUCUGCAAACAAAAUCAGUUCCCUGUCACAUCUUCCGUCCAGGCUCACUACACUGAAACUGGCAGCCAACAGCUUCACCUGCGUCUCUGAGGCCAUUCUCCAUCUGCCCAUCUUGAGGUCUGUGGACAUGAGGAGCAACCAUAUUUCCGUUCUGCCUGGUCCGAGGUUCUGGACGUCCAGCAACCUCAGAGAGCUGAUGUUCAGCCACAACUCUAUCACGACUCUGGAUCUGAGUCAAACAAUCUCCAAGUGGACACGACUGGAGAAGCUCCAUCUGAGCGACAACAAGCUCACUGAGAUCCCUCUGCAGAUCGGCUCUUUGGAAGGCCUGACCUCACUGGACGUGAGCCGUAACCCAGGCCUCCGCUCCUUCCCUGAUGAGAUGGGCAAACUGGGGAAGCUGUGGGACCUGCCGCUGGACGGCCUCCAGCUCAAACUGGACCUUAAACUUAUCGGCAGCAAAACCAAAGACAUUGUUCGGUUUCUGCAGCAGCGGCUCAGGAAGGCGGUGCCGUACUACCGGAUGAAGCUGAUCGUGGUGGGGAAUCCAGGCAGCGGGAAGACGGCCCUGAUCCAGCAGCUGAUGAAGCUGAAGCGGCCCCAGAACUCUAAGAAGGCUGCGGCCGGCAUCACCAUCCACGACUGGACGGUCCGAGAGUGGGACAAGAAGAAAAUGGUGCUGAACGUGUGGGACUUCGCAGGUGGAGACGAGUUCAGCUGCUCCCACCCUCACUUCCUGACCUGCAGAGCCGUCUACCUGGUGGUUUACAACCUGAGCAGAGGAGCCAGUCAGGUGGACGCCCUCAAACCGUGGCUCUUCACCAUCAAGGCCGUGGCUCCAUUCUCCCCCGUCAUCCUGGUGGGAACCCACAUAGACAUGAGUGAGGACCAGCAGGUGCAGGCCUGUCUGAGGAAGAUCAAAGAGGAGCUGCUGAGCCACCAGAGCUUCCCCGCCAUCAGGGACUAUCACAUGGUUUCUGUGGGCGAGGACUCGGACGCCAUGGCCAGACUCCGCAAGACCAUCAUCCGAGAGGUGACCAGCUUCAAGAUCCAGGGUCAGCCUGUGAUGGGCCAGCUGGUUCCAGACAGCUACGUGGAGCUGCAGCGGCGCAUCCAGCAGCACAGAGCCAGGGUUUCCCCAGAGUUCCCCGUCCUCCGGCGCGAGGAGCUGCUGCAGCUGGUCCGGGACAGCGAGCUGCUGGAGACGUCCGAGCUGCCGCACGCCACGCACUUCCUGAGCGAAGCAGGGGUCCUGCUGCACUACGACGACCCUGCACUGCUUCUCCAGGAGCUCUAUUUCAUCGACCCACAGUGGCUGUGCAACAUCAUCUCUCAGAAGCUGACAUUAAAGAGCAGUGGCUUCUGGGAGCAGCCCAAAGCCGUCGUCCAGCGCGUGGACGUGGAAAGGUUUCUGUUCGAGACCAAGUGUUUUCCCAGAAGCCAUUUGACACAGUUCUUCAAGCUGCUGGAGAAGUUCCAGAUCGCGUUGCCCUUUGGAGACGAGCAGCUGCUGCUGCCCAGCUGUUUGUCCAAGCAGAGACCAGUUAUAGAACUGCCUCACUCCGAGAACUCUGAGCUGAUCGUGCGUCUGUACGAGAUGCCCUACUUCCCCAUGGAUUACUGGUCCCGUCAGAUCAGCCGCCUGCUGGAGGUUUCUUCCUACCUGCUCUAUGGAAGAGAGAAAGCUGUAAAAGCGAACCGCAUUUACUGGAUGAGAGGCGUUUACCUGAACUGGUCCCCUGACGCCUACUGUCUGGUGGAGGAUGCCUCGGUGGAGGAGGAUCCCUCCAGCUUGGUCAGGAUCACUGUGCCCUCGUCACGAAAAGGCCGGGUGCUGCUGGGGCAGGUUGUGGAUCAGGUGGACUCGGUGCUGGAGGAGUGGUUCCCCAGCCUGCUGAACACAGACAUGUUGGGCAGUGGAGAGGCCCUGUUGAAGAAGUGGGCCCUGUACAGUUUUGAGGACGGUCAGGAAAGGAGCAAGAUUUUGCUGGAGGACCUAUUUGGAUAUUUUGACAGAGAAUUCCUGCUGGUGAAGCAGGAUGAUCCUCGCUGCACUCUUCCCCUCGCCCAGAUCGCCCCUGACCUGGUCUUGAGUGACCAGCCUGCAGGAACCAUCCUGGACAGUGAAGAACUGGAGUUGGACAUGUCUAAAGACAACCGACUGGGAGACGGUGGCUUUGGAACCGUCUAUCGAGGCGUUUACAAAAAUGAAGAGGUGGCUGUGAAGGUCUUCAACAAACAUGCGUCCGAUCUGUACAUCCACCGGCUGCUGCGACAGGAGCUGACGGUGUUGGGGCGUCUCCGCCACCCGAGCCUGAUCGGGCUCCUGGCGGCCGGUCCGGCGCCUCAGGUCCUGGUGAUGGAGCUGGCUCUGCGGGGCUCGCUGGACUGGCUCUUUGAGCAUGAGAAUGGCCGCCUCAACAGGAAGUUCCAGCACAGGGUGGCUCUGCAGGUGGCCGACGGGCUCAGGUACCUUCACUCAGCAAUGAUCAUCUACCGGGACCUGAAGCCCCACAACGUGCUCCUGUUCAACCUGAAGGCCGACGCUGAGAUCAUCGCGAAGAUCACGGACUACGGCAUCGCUCAGUUCUGCUGCAGCAUGGGGGUGAGGAGCUCGGAGGGAACCGUGGGCUUCAGAGCCCCGGAGGUCGCCCGCGGCAACGUGGUCUACAACCAGCAGGCCGACGUCUUCUCCUUCGGCCUGCUGCUCUACGACCUCCUGACCUGCGGCGAGCGCAUCUCAGACGGCAUGAAGUUCCCCAGCGACUUCGACGAAAUCGCAGUGCAGCGGAAACUGCCAGAUCCAGUGAAACACUACGGCUGCUCGCCUUGGCUCAGCUUCCAGGCGCUGAUGAGCGACUGUCUGAUGGAGCGUCCACAGGACCGACCCACCUCUGCUCAGGUGUUUGACAGGCUGAACUCCGGGGAGAUGCUCUGCCUGAUGCGGGAGCUGGUGCUCGGCCAGGCCUUCAACGCCGAGUGUGUGACGGUGAGCUCCGACGGCAGCGAGCGCAGAGCCUGGACGGGCGGAGGCAGCACCAAGAGGUUCGGCUCCCUCACCACCGUGGACCUGGGCACCGGCCUGGGGACUGCACAGAAGAUGUACGACAGCCCCAUCCUGUGUUUGGUGACGGUCCAGAUCCCCGGCGAGGAGGGCGACUGGCUGGUGGCAGGCACCCAGUCUGGAUCCUUAGUGGUGGUCGGUGCUCGUGACGCCUCCACCCGCCAUCGGCUGCAGAGCGUCACCGACGCCGUCACCUCGCUGUUCUUCCACGUUCACCCCCGUCACACCCAAAGGAAGAAUUAUUUGCUGGUCGGGACAGCAAACGGAAUCCUGUCUGUUUACGAGGACUCUGCUCUCAAGCAGGAGAACGGGCGGCCGGUUAAAACCGUCAACGUGGGAAACAUCAACACUCCAGUCGUGUGUCUGGGCCGGUCGGCGCAUCCGCAGGACGCCGGGUCCGUGUGGGCCGGCUGCGGGUCAAAGGUCGUCUCCUUCACAGCAGACUACAGCGUGUGCAAGUCUGUGGACACGAGGCCAAACCUCCAGCGGAAGCCGUUUCUGUGCAGUGAGGCGUGUGUGUCUCGAAUGGCUGUGGACAAACACCUGUACCUGAGCAAAGCCGGGGCGUCGACCGUUGAGGUUUGGGACAAGAGGAGUGAGAGGAUGGUGGACUGCAUUGACUGUGCUCAGAUCAUCAGCGGCCGACAGGGCGAGUCAGCGCCGCCCUGGGCCAGAGUCAAGGCCCUGCUGGUGCAGGGAUCUGCAACCCUCUGGGUGGGCACCAGAGGGGGCCACCUGCUGCUGCUGGAGCUGCAGACGCUGCAGACGCUGCAGGUCCUCGCCCUGCGCUGCGACUCCAUACGCUGCAUCAGCGCGGCGCUCAUAGAAACGCUAGACUGGAGAAACGCGGUGCUGGUGUUGGGGAGACGCCUCCCACAGGACAGGAACCAGCGCAGUGAGUCAGGCGGUCGCUGUCGUCUGAAAACAGCUGUGAGCUUCUCAGCUUUGGUCCCACGUGUUCCCCCUUUGUUUGUGCCGACAGACGAGUCCGAGUCGGUGCUGAUGGUGUGGAGCAGCACGCUGCCCAUGGAGGUCAGGGACCUGAACAGACACUCGGAGAAGAGACAGCAGAUCGCAGCCAGAAUGAGAGAACAGCUCCACCACAGCUAAGCCUGCAGAAUAAACGUUGAAAAGGGAUCAACACGUUCAUGUGUCAGCUGCAAGCAAGCUUGUACCUCAUUUACUGACAGCCACACCUUUUUUCCAUUAAGACCAGGAACUAAUGAAGGGAUCAGGUUUAUUAGAUUAAAAUGCACAUGCUGAAUCAAAGCUUCACACGUUGUUUCUAAAAGGGAAACGGCCGUAGCUUUAAUGCUGCCUCUGAUCAGAACGGUGCAGAUGUUCAGGAAAAGCUGCUGUUUAUGAACUGAACCUUAGUUUCAAAAUGAUCAACUGAUAAAAAGGCCAAAGAUUCCUAAUGUAGAUUUAUUUAUUGUCAAUCUGUUAACACAGCGCAUGGCUUGUUCCUUUGUACUUUAUGUGUAUGAAAUAAGUUUUUGUGUCAAACAGUCAAUAAAUACUAUUUUCUGUA